AUGGAUUUCACUUAUUACCCGACCAAUGUCAUUUAUAACACGCAUUCUCCUAAUCAAAACAAAUGUAUCAAUCCAGAAGCGAAGUCUAUUGCAAAUACAAUUAACGAUGGCGUAGAUUUUAAUAGAUUUAAAGUAUCAUUUAUAAAUCGUUUCCAAGUACCGCCUAAUUUCAUAGGUACUAUCAGUGAUAGGCUCAAAAAUUUUCCACAGCCUCCAGUAUUCUCAGCAAAUCAGAGAAGAAAUCAACAUCCAAUUCCAACUCGAAACAGUCAAGUCCAGCAUGUACGCGCUCCUCCGAUUCCAGAAGGACCUCCUAUAAAUAUAAGUGCACAAGAAGUAGAAAGUCUCCUUAAAGCUAGAUUUAAUUGCACACAUGCUAAAGAUUUUUUAAAGUUUGCUAGAAGUGCAGGAAAUAGAAUAAAUGUAGGAUUCCGCGCAACUAAAAAAGCUGAUACAAUUCAAUGGUUACAAAAUAAUUGGUCACAAAUUAAUCAAGUUUUAGAUGAUUUAGAAGUUUAA